AUGGCGACACCACAGGAUGAUGUCAAGACACUACUUGCGCUACGCGACUCUCUAAACGCAUCAAUAGAUGCUUAUGUCUCCCUUACACCCGACCAGAGGUCGCAAAAGCCAGUAGUCAAUAAAAGCCGUCAACAAAUGUGGUCUACUGCAAACAAGAUCGCUUGCGAGACGGUCAAUCCCGCGCAAGGAGCAACCCAGCUCGCGUUCAUGCCAUGGCUGAAUGCAGUUGUGCGUACUGCGUUGGAUCUGGAUAUCUUCAAUCUGCUUGGAGAGUCAACGACUGCAGCUGAACUGGCGCAGAAAACGGGGGCAGAGGAGACACUGAUAGUCCGUCUCAUGCGCGUUCUAACAGGCUAUGAUAUCGUGUCUGAGGUGGCAGAGCAUACAUACGGCCAGACGUCUCUCUCAAAGGCGUUGACAGUUCCAGCUACGAGAGACCUGAAUAAGCAUACUUUUGAUAGCAGCUGGGGUUGCAUCGGCAAGCUACCCACAUAUCUCGCCGAGUUGGGAUACAAGAAUCCUGAGGACCCCGAAAAGACGCUGUCUCAUUACGCAACCGGGACCGACUUCUUCGGGUAUCUGCGUGAUGACCCCGUGCGUCUUGUCCGCUUCAACUCUGCAAUGAAGGGUGCAGCCGGACUCCUUGCAAGCCCGAUCCCUAAGCCGUUGUUAGAUUCUAGCGGAACCAAUGCAAAUGCAGUGGUGAUGGUAGAUGUUGGCGGAGGCAUCGGCCAGGUGACCGAAAAGACCAUGGAAGAGAAUCCUCAGGUUCAAGGCCGAUUUGUGGUACAGGACCUAGGGGCUAUUAUCGAGGAGGCCCGAGCCAAAACCCCAAGUUAUGAAGUCAUGGAGUAUGAUUUCUUCACCCCACAGCCAGUUAAAGGGGCAAGCAUCUAUUUCAUGCGACGUGUCUUGCACGACUUCCCCGACUCCAAAUGCCGCGAGAUCCUCCGCAAUCAGAUUCAAGGAAUGGUCAAGGGGCAUUCAAAACUGCUUGUCUGUGAGACUGUCCUGCCAGCCACUGGAUGCACCGGAUUCGAAUCGCUGGCCGAUAUUAGCCGGGCGACCUUCAGCUCCAUGCAGCGAAGUGAAAAGCAUUGGAGGGCCCUUUUGGCGAGUGUCGGUCUUAAGGUCGUCAAGAUCUGGCCUCCGAAGGAAGGCCCAUUCCCAGUGAUUGAGUCGGAACUCGAAUGA